GGAGCCGUGUUCUCCACGUUGUUUACAAGAAGGUGCUGCCAGUGUGAUUUCAACUUGCUUUAUUGCUCGGUUUACUCUUAAAUCAUGGAGAAAAAAUCCACCGGGAAUAAACCUAAACCUGCGAAGAUGAAAGACAGCGCAGACCCCGUCAGAAACUUCGAGAAAUGGAAGAAAAAAUACAACAAGACGAAAGCACGAGUGAAGAGCGACAGACCCCCAAAGAAGCCUGAGUGGCAGGUCGAAAGGGAGUAUAUCGAAAAGCUAGUCAGCAGGUAUCCAGACAUAAACAGCAAGGAGGCUGUCAGGUUUUCAGACUUCCCCAUUUCAAAGAAAACGUUGUUAGGUUUGCAGGGGAUGCAGUACCGACAGCCCACCGAGAUCCAGAGGCAAACUAUCGGCCACGCUUUGCAGGGUAAAGAUGUCCUCGGCGCCGCUAAAACCGGCUCUGGGAAAACUUUAGCCUUCCUCAUACCGGUGCUGGAGUGUCUGUACCGCCAGCAGUGGAGCUCAGUGGACGGCCUCGGUGCCCUCAUCAUAUCCCCCACCAGAGAGCUCGCCUAUCAAACCUACGAGGUCCUCCGCAAGGUGGGCAAGAACCACGAGUUCUCCGCGGGGCUCAUCAUCGGUGGUAAGGACCUGAAGAGCGAGUCCGAGAGGAUCCACAACACCAACAUCGUGAUCUGCACCCCGGGACGCCUGCUCCAGCACAUGGACGAGACGGCCACCUUCCUCGCCUCAGACCUCCAUAUGCUUGUUCUUGACGAGGCGGAUCGCAUCCUGGACAUGGGGUUUGCGGAUACCCUCAACGCCAUUGUGGAGAACCUCCCCAAGACCAGGCAGACGCUGCUGUUCUCCGCCACGCAGACCAAAUCCGUCAAAGACCUGGCCCGCCUCAGCCUCAAAGACCCAGAGUACGUGUGGGUCCACGAGAAGGCCAAGUUCAGCACACCUGCCACCCUGGAGCAGAGCUACGUGGUGUGUGAGCUCCACCUGAAGGUCAACAUGCUGUUCUCCUUCAUCAGGAGCCACCUGAAGAAGAAGAUCAUCGUCUUCUUCGCCUGCUGCAAGGAGGUGCAGUACUUGUUCCGGGUCCUCUGUCGCCUCAGACCUGGCAUGCCCAUCCUGGCUCUGCAUGGCAAGCAGCAGCAGAUGAAGAGGGUGGAGGUGUACAACGACUUCCUCAGAAAGCAGAACGCGGUGCUCUUAGCCACAGACAUAGCCGCCAGAGGCCUGGACUUCCCCACAGUCAACUGGGUGCUUCAGUUUGACUGUCCGGAGGAUGCAGACACCUACAUCCACAGGGUGGGCCGCACCGCCAGGUACAAGGAGGGGGGGGAAGCCCUCCUGCUGCUGCUGCCCUCUGAGGAGAAGGGUAUGAUUGGACAGCUGCAGGAGAAGAAGGUCCCCAUCAAUAAGAUCCAGGUGAACCCAGAGAAGCUGCAGAACAUUCAGCAGAAGCUGCAGGCCUUCCUGGCCCAGGAGCAGGAGCAGAAGGAGAGGGCUCAGAGGUGUUUCGUUUCCUACCUGCGCUCCGUCUUCCUCAUGAAGAACAAAGAGGUGUUUGAUGCCUUCAAACUCAAGCUCAACGAUUACGCUCAUUCUCUAGGCCUUGCCGUGGCUCCGAGGGUUCGCUUCCUGAGUAAAGCCCAGGCACAGAAAGAGGAGAAAGAAGCAAAGAGGGAGGAGGAGGAGGAGGAGGAGCAGUCUGAGGAAGAGGUGGAGCUGAAGAGCUUUAAGGCCCAGCUGAAGGGGAACAAUCCGGAGGAAAGUCAGAGCUCGGAGUCAGAAGAAUCAGGUGAUGAUGAGGAAGGUGGUAGGGAAGGAGAUGAGGAUCAGAAGGUAUUAGGUCUGGGUGCAGACAGCGAUGAGGACGAAGAUGAUCUAAGAGACUUGGACUUGCUCACAGUCAAAAGAAAAGACGUGUUCAAUCUGACGGGGGAUGGCGAGAGUUCAGAUGAACCUGACGAGGACUCUAAUAUGAAAAUGGAAACGGAGACGAAGUUUAAAGAAGCCAAAAAGAUCCUCAAGAGAAACUUCCAGGUCAACACCAAAGUGACGUUCAGUGAGGAAGGACAGGCCGUGCAGACGUGGCCCCCUGUGCAACGGGCAGUGACUGCUGAUGAUGAAGACGAGGGGGUUUCAGGGAUCAACAUGGAGAAGGCCAGGGAGAGGCUGAAGCGCGAGGACCAGGAGUUCGACAAGCUGGAGUACAGACGCAAGGUGAAGGCCAAACACACGGAGAAGAGGCUGAAGGCCAAGGCUGCCAGGAAGGAGACCAGCAAGCACAGAAACAAGUCUGACGAUGAGGAAGACGAGGUGAUUGCUUACCUGGCCAAUCACAGCGACGAUGAGUUCGACCCAAGCUCCCUGCCAGACCCUGACAAAGUGAGACCUGACGAGGAGGAGGAGGAGGAGGAGGAGGAGGAGGUGACAGCAGCCAAACGGCAGCACAGCAGCGGUGAGGAAGAGGAGGAGCACACAGUGGGGAAGAGGAAGAAAGUGAGGCAAGAGAAGGAGGAUAACACACCCCUGGACACUGGCCUGUCUCUGGCUGAAGACGAGGAGUUAGUCUUACAUCUGCUGGGAGGCGGGAGGUAGACAGGAAAGAGGAGGCGGGGCUUAAAGGAGGAGGCAGGGCUUAAAGGAGGCUUUUCCAACAAUAAACUGGUCUUUUAAAUAAAGUUGAAUUACAAAAUCAA